AUGGUGAGCUCAACCUACAGCAAUGCCUCGAAUCUGGGCUGGAUCAUCCAAAAAUUCGGCGGCACGAGCGUCGGCAAAUUCCCAGAAAAGAGCCAGCCUAUCCCGGAAUCGAGUCGUCGUCGUUUGCUCGGCCAGGAGCACCGGCAAGAAAGCCGAGGGCACGACCAGUCGGUGAGCGAUCCUACGCCUGUUACGCCUACUGCUUCACGUGCCCAACCUCCUACUUUCUCGGCUUCAUCUCGUCCCGCCCCUUUUCCGCUCGCCCUCACCCUCGCCUCUUGUCCUCCUUUCAUUCUAACCGUGGCCGACAGGUUGUUGGGCGUCUACAACAAGCUCAAAAAUGUUGGCGCUGCCUACGCUGCCAGCUGCGAGGAUGAGCCGCAGUCCCUCGUCGAGCAGGCCAGGAGCCUCAUCAUGGAUAUUUGCAACGAUCACGUCUUUGCUGCAAAAUCAUUCGUCCGCGACCCAAAUCUGCGGGAUUCUCUCACGAAGAAGAUCGAGGAAGAAUGCCAGGAACUCAUCGAAUACAUCAUUGCUGCCAAGCGCUUCAAUCUCGAGAUCAACUCGAGAGCCAAGGACCGUGUCAUCAGCUUUGGCGAGAGGCUGGCCUGUCGCUUCAUGACCGUCCUCUUAUCGGAUGUGGGUGUCGAUGCCGAAUAUGUCGACCUCUGCGAUGCGCUGCACUACGAUGCCGUCUCCCAGCUCGACGCAAGCUUCUACAAGGCCGCCAUCUUGGCCUUUUCGAGAAAGCUGAGCGCCUGCGAGGGCCGCGUCCCCGUCGUCACCGGCUUCUUCGGUAACAUCCCCGGCAGCCUCAUCGAUGGCGACAUUGGCCGCGGCUACACCGACCUCUGCGCCGCUCUCUGUGCCGUCAGUCUCAAGGCCGAGGAGCUUCAAAUCUGGAAGGAGGUGGACGGCAUAUUCACCGCCGACCCCUCCAAGGUCCCCACAGCAAGGCUUCUGCCCUCCAUCACCCCCUCUGAGGCGGCCGAGUUGACGUUUUACGGCUCCGAGGUCAUUCAUCACCUUACCAUGGACCAGGUCAUCCGCGCCCAGCCUCCGAUCCCGAUUCGCAUCAAGAACGUCAAGAACCCCCGCGGCAACGGCACUGUGGUCCUACCGGACCCUGUUCAGUCAGCGAGCCAUCAGCUUCGCCGUUCCGGCCCCUCGCAGGCACAUCCUCCCAAGAACCCCAAGCGACCUACGGCGGUGACAAUAAAGGACCACAUCAGCGUCAUCAACGUCCGCUCCAACAAGCGAUCCAUCUCCCAUGGCUUCUUCGCCCACGUCUUUUCCAUUCUCGACGAGCAUUCCAUUUCCGUCGACCUCAUCUCCACCAGCGAGGUGCACGUCUCCCUUGCCAUCCACUCGGGAAGUACGCAGGUCGACGCCUUUGUCAAAGCCAAGGAGUCCUUGGCCGAAUGUGGCGAGGUUAGCGUCCUGUCCGACAUGGCCAUCCUCAGCCUCGUCGGCGCCGAUAUGAAGAACAUGGUCGGUGUCGCCGGCAAGAUGUUUUCGACGCUGGGCGAGCAUAACGUCAACCUCGAGAUGAUUUCACAAGCCGAGUGGCAUCGCGAGCACGACACAAAGAAGCAGGACGAAAUGAACAGGAACAAGAAUGGCGCCCGUCGAGGCGCUGGCAUCCUCAGUGCCCUGCAGGCGACGGAGAUGAUCGACACAAGGUCGAGGCUCCCCGCAGAAAUCAUGGUGGCAAUCCUCGACUACUUGCCGAUCGGGGAUCAGAUGCGGGUCGCCCAGUCGUGUCGACGGCUGCAGGAGAUGGUCUAUGAUGACACGAGAUGGGUUUCGCGCCUGAAAGCCAUGGGAUGCUGGGACGAGCGGGAAGCCCGACGGCGGUUCGAAGAAUCGAUACGACGACGACGAGAACGCGAGGCGGCUGAGCGCGCGGCCGCCGCCCAAUCGCACGGAGCCGGCGGUGGCGACAAGCAAGCAGUAGCAGCAACAUUGUUCGACGCAUCAACCGAACAGGAGAAGCGGCGGCGGGCCUUGUCCGACCUCCGGGAUGGCUUCGAAACCAUGGCCGUCGGCAGCCCGGCCAACGCAAACGCAAACAACAACGCCAACGUCAAUACCAACAUCAAUACCAAUACCAACACCAACACCAACGCCAACGCCAGCGCCAACGCUGAUGCUGGCGGUGACACCUACCUCGACGUUUUCAACCACGUCAAGAGCGUCCGAGGUGGUGCGAGACAGGAAUACGGAAAGGUAUACAGUGCGCUCGCGCCAUUCUAUCUCGACGUGAUGAAGGCGAAGAGCCACGCGGAUCCGAUAAUCUUCAAAGCCUUUCGUGACCCGGAAAAGCAAGCACGGAUGCUGGCGAAUCUCAAAAAGUUUGCCAAGAGCGACUGGUCGCUCGGCUGCAUUGACCGGGCACAGAGGCUCGCGUCGAUGACCACCAUCUUCGAGACCGCCGUCCUGCGCGAGUUCGAGCAGGCUUUCGAGCUCUGGGACGUUGAUGGGAGAAUGAGACGGUACGGUCACGUGCUGCACACUCUUAACGGUGCCGGUGCCGGUGCCGACCAUUUUAUCCAGAACCAUCCGAUAUUCGAUGACAGGGACCUGGCCUUCAGCCCGGCCGAGUGCUUUCGUGGUGGCACAGGGAACCCCGACGACAUCUCACUCGAGCCUUCGCGACGCUUCCUCGAGGGCCUGUUGGCGAAACUGAACGAACAGGCAGCCAUCGUGCAGCGAGUCUUCCCGGAGCCUGCCACCGUGUUCUGGGGUCUUACGACAAAGGUGACGGAAGACAUCAUCGUCGAGCUCACAACGUCCCUAUUCGACGAAUGCCACAGGCGGAGCACUGGUGCCUACCUCAAGGCUGUCUCGGGAGUCUUCGAGCAGACGUCGCGCUUCUUUCGGUCGCUCACGCCUCCGAUGGAAUCGAAAAAGGAGGUGGCAGAGCGGGCGACGGAGCUGUCGCUGAGGAUAUUCGAGCCGCACCUUGAUUUGUAUCUGCAAGAUGAACUGGAGUUUUUCACCAAACUCGCCGAGAUGGAGGUAUCGCAGUGGGAAAGGAAGCUGUCGGACGAGGAUUCGACGCUCGAGUCCUACUUCAUGGCCAACAUCAACCGGUCGGCUGAAAAGAAGGAUUUCCUGAGCUCUUUCAAGAAGGUGGUCAUGAUGCCGGUGACGUUGGGCUCGUCAUUUGCGACGACGAAGCCGUCGACGCUCGCUCCGUCGACGGCCUAUGGCUCCCGAGCGGCCACGCCGCUGCCAUCCCGGCCAGAGACGCCGACGAUGGGGGGUAGAGCUAGCCCGAUGAUGCCCGGCAAGGCGCCGACGGAUGAGCUGGCGGCCAAGGCAGCCCUAAUGGCGUCCAAGCUCGAAGGGAUCAAGUCUCUCUGCAGCAUCGAGGUGGCCUUGAGCCUGGUGCACAUGGCCAAGACGAGUUUAGGACGGGCUGCAGUUCUGAUCCCCUUGGGGGGGCAGGUCGGCGGCGAGGCACGGGAGCAGUGCGCGAACAUGUUCGUCGUCCUCCUGCGCAUCCUGGGCCUGCGACACGUCAAGCCCGGCUUCGACACGGCCGUCGACCACCUGUCGCAUUACAAUCCGCGGGAGGUCAGCGAUCACAACCAACAGGGGGUCGCUCCACUCGUCACGUUCAUCGAGCUCGUCAACGUCGGUGACCUGAUAUCGCAGAUGAUUGAUGUCUUCUACGAACAGCAACUGGUGACGCCCAAGAUUGCCGACAAAAACGACUUCCUGGACCCAGCCGGCCUUGCCAAGAAGAAGUUUGAGCAGAUGCUCGACGAGAGCGUCGCGGCCGGUCUCAACAAGGGCAUCGAUGUGCUCAUGGAUGAGGUGGAAUACCUGCACAGCAUGACGCAGCAACCGACGGACUACAAUCCGGCCCCUGACACCGGCGACAAGGCCGGAUCGAAGGUGGCUUCAAUGUCGGCGUCAGAGCCCGACAUUGGACCGACGCCGACGGCGCGUCGCAUCGUCGAGCUUGUCUCAGCUCACACCAAUAUGCUGGUCGGCACGACCGACAAGGCCAUGCUCGACGUCUUCAACGCCGAAGUUGGCCAGCGACUCUUCGCCGCCAUCUGCAAGCACCUCAAGCGACAGCGCAUCAGCACCGUCGGCUCCAUCAAGCUCAUCGCCGACAUGAACCACUAUGCCGACUACGCCCGUUCCCUGCGCAACCAGGACCUCAUUGCCUACUUUGCCGCACUCCGCGAGCUCAGCCAGAUCUACCUCAUCGACGCCUCGCAUGCGCGCGACAUGGCCGCCGUCAUCGCCGACGGGGACCGUUUCGGUGGCGUCUUUCGCGCCGAAGAGGUCUACGAUUACGCUCAGCGCAGGGCUGACUGGUACGCCGUGAAGAAAGGCGUCGAGAGAGCGAUGUACGGCAUGGAAUGCAUCGCGAUGUGA